AGUGAAAUUCUUUUAACCCUACCUCUCUUUACCCUUUUUACUGCCCCAUUCCUCCACCUCUCUCAUACACCAUCACUUUUAUACGGUCCCUGUUUCUGCUGUGGGAAUCAAUUUUAGGAAUUCUGUGUAAUGCUUUUCUCUUCCUUCUAGUUUCUCUUAUCGUCAGUUUUCCUUCUGGAAUUUUCACAGGAGAAGAAGUAGAGAUGGAACUGGGCAAUGUAGCGCAGGAACAGUUGCAGAAAGCAGUUUCAUGGGCACCAAUAACGCCCGACAAGUGCGCGUUAGCAACACCAGAAUUUAACUCUAAUUAUGCUGGUUUCAACAAAUUUUCGUCCAUAAGUAGUUCAGACAACAGCCUAAAAAAGGAUGAGGAGGUUUCUGCUGUGAUUGAAGGGAGGAGCAAAGUCCAAAGUGGAAAACUGGAUUGUGAUUCUAGAUCAGCUUCCAUGUUUCCUUCAACUCCUAUCCAGAAGGGUUAUCCCAGGAAGAAACAGGGUGGUCGCUUUGACCUGAAUGACAGACCAAGGAAGAAACGUAGAUUGAAAAAACACACACCAAAAAUCUUUGAUGAAAGCAAACCCAAAAAGACUCCAAAGCCUAAGAUAAAGCCUUCGACUCCAAAACCAGUCAACUUAAAGGCAAGUGCUAGGACAAAGAGUAAACUAAGAAAGGACUGCGACAAAGUCUCAGAUGAUUUAUCAGGAGAUAGUGAUAUGCAAGCACCUAACAGAAAGACUCCAGGAGCUACUCCUGAAUCUGUAGUCCUAAAGGUUUCAACUCCUCAGCAGGAAAUGGAGCACAAUAUUCAUGUAGAUCUUGGGCAUGAUGUGAAGUCAUGCAGACGAGCUCUAGAUUUUAAUUUGGAAAUUGAGAAUGAUGUUAUUUCCGAGAGAGCUGCAGAAGUGAUCAGAGAUCAUGCAACACAUAGUUGCAACAAAUUCUUGACAAAUAGACUGGAUGGUGUUAAUGAGCAAGCAGUUGAAACUGAUAUCAACUGUGCUGCAAAUGUAGACAAGGAGUCACUGAUUCAGAACUUGAUUGUUCUGGCAAAAGAUGAAAGCAGCCAUGUCACACGUGCUAGCCCAUUGAAAGCUAAUUUACACGACGGUUAUGAUAUUAGCACCACUGGCUUAGAACAUAAUUUAGAGGCAGAGUCAACUUCCCAGCCCAACCGAGAAAAUGAAGCUAGUAUCGGCCAAAUUGACCAAAGAGCCUGUCAGCAUCAUAUUCUGAACGUUUAUAAAAGGAGGACCAAAAGUAAAACAGGUAUGAUGUCCUUGCCAGGAAAUGAAGUUGGUAUCUACCAGAAUGACCAUGGAACAACGGACCAAAUUGGUUGUCGGGAUCGUUUUCUGAAAGUUUAUGGAAGGAGGAGAAGAAGAAACAUUGGUACCUUGUCUUUGGCAGGAAAUGAAGCUGAUAUCUACCAGAAUGACCAUGAAGCCCCAGAUCAAAGUGGUUCUCAGCAUCAUUUUCCAAAAUUUUAUAAAAGAAGGACAAGAGGUAACAUUGGUACUAUAUCUUUUAUAGGAGAUGAAGCUGAUCUCUACCGGAAUGACCGAGGAGCUGCGGACCAGACUGGUUGGCAUUUUCCAAUAAUAUGCAAGAAAAGGAGGACAAAAAGGAGAAAAGCACUUGUGUUUUUCAAUUUUUUGAAUGCUAAUCAUGCAGACAAAGGCCAGAAUGCAUUGAAUACUGAUGUGAGGUGCAAAGUGCCUUCCAGUGCAAAGAGGAGGUAUGGAAGAUUUGGUGCAAAGAGAGCUACAAAAAAGCGUUUUAAAAUUGCCAAGAGAGCUAAAAAGAGUUGUUUUAUAAUUGCCAAGAGAGCUACAAGGAGAAGUUCUAGAACUGCCAGUGGUACUAAAAAGAUAUGGUUUUCAACUGUGAACUUGGAGCAGAAUGUAAACUUAAAAUCACAUUUUGUUGGAGAGGUUCUACCUACCGAAUAUCAAAUUAGAGCUGCAAUGGCUGAUCCAGAAUCUUUUGAUUGUGUGUUUGGCUUGUCCCCUAUAGUGAAGUCUCGGAGGAAGAGAUCUAUCCAUCCUAAGAGGACAAAGUCUGCUUAUGGGGAAGAAAACACAGAUCAAGAACCUUUAAGUCUUGCCUUAACUUUGCCUCCACUAGCCAUGUCCAAAAGGAAAAGAUCUAAAAAUAGUGAAAGAGCAACUGCUAUUCUAGAUUCCCUCUGCCUUACAUCAGAAAUAAGUGCAAUUAGAAGGAUUGAACCUUUUAUAGAUAAAUCAGCUUGCCCUGAAAUUCAAGGAUGCCCACAACAUGAAUAUCUGUGGCCUAAAACAGAUAAAUCAGCUCGCAAUGGAAUUCAGGAAUGCCAACAACAUGAAGAUAUAUGGCCUAGAACAGAUAAAUCAGCUUGCAAUGAAAUCCAAGAAUGCCCACCGCAUGAAGAUCUGUGGCGUAGAACAGAUAAAUCAGCUUGCAAUGAAAUUCGAGAAUGCCCACAACAUGAAGAGCUGUGGCCUAGAACAGAUAAAUCAGCUUGCAAUGAAAUUCGAGAACGGCCACAACAUGAAGAUCUGUGGCGUAGAACAGAUAAAUCAGCUUGCAAUGAAAUUCAAGAAUGCCUGCGGCAUGAAAAUCUGUGGACCAGAUCACAGAGCUCAACGGACUUGGAAUCCUUGGUUGCAUCACUUAUUCAGAGGUUAGAGAAUAUAAGAAUCUGCGAUCAGAGAACCUAUAGAAAAAGAAUAGCGAUCAGUAAGAAAAGAACCAGUAAUAAUGCUGGCCAGCUUGUCUUGUGGAAUCCUUUUGGUCCAAUAACUGUUCACAAGGGAAAGUCUAAACCCUUGAGACGAAAACUGCCCAAGGUUGAUAUUGAUACGGAGUCACUGCGAGUGUGGAGACUUCUUAUAGAAAAUGAAGGUGAAAUUGAUGAAGACCUGGAUAAAGAGAAGGAGAUAUGGUGGGAGGAGCAAAGAAAAAUAUUUCAAGGAAGGGCGGCAUCAUUCAUUGCCCGCAUGCGUCUUGUCUUAGGUGAUAGGCGCUUUUCCCAAUGGAAAGGGUCCGUGGUAGACUCUGUGGUUGGCGUUUACCUAACACAAAAUGUGUCAGAUAAUCUUUCAAGCAAUGCUUUCAUGCUUCUUGCUUCAGCAUUCCCACCGCAAAAUAAGCAAGAAAUGACUACCCCGCAAGGACAAGCUUUUAUGAUAGGAGAGGGAAUGCGAGAUUCAUUUGAAAGAGAAGUCUGUGCCAAUCAGAAUGAUCCUGGGUUUGCUGGUUCUUCUCGAAGUGCAAUGAGGUCAAGCUUAGAUGAAUUAUCUUUUGUAGAUGAUAUACAUACAUCAGAAUAUUUGCCUACAUCAUAUAGCCACUUACCUCACGUGGGGGACUGCAUAAAUGAGAGAUUGGAUGGAACUCGAGAGGAAAAAAAUAUAGCUGAGGAUACUUGUAGAAGUCAGGUUACAGUCACUUCUUGCAGCUCAGAAGUGAGAAUCUCCACUGAGAGUGGUCACUGCAUAAAUGAGAGAUUGGAUGGAACUCGAGAGGAUACUUGUGGAAGUCAGGUUACAGUCACUUCUUGCAGCUCAGAAGUGAUAAUCUCCACUAAGUGUGGUGACGGUAUAAAUGAGAGAACGGAUGGAACUCGAGAGGAAAAAAUUAGAGCUGAGGAUACUUGUGGAAGUCAGGUUACAGUCGCUUCAUGCAGCUCAGAAGUGAUAAUCUCCACUAACAGUGGUGACUGCAUAAAUGAGAGAUUGGAUGGAACUCGAGAGGAAAAAAAUAGAUCUGAGGAUACUUGUGGAAGUCAGUUUAUAGCCACUUCUUGCAGUUCAGAAGUGAUAAUCUCUGCUAACAGUGGUGACUGCAUUAAUGAGAGAUUGGAUGGAACUCGAGAGGAUGCUUGUGGAAGUCAGGUUACAGUCACUUCAUGCAGCUCAGAAGUGAUCUCCGCUAACAGUGGUGACUACAUAAAUGAGAGAUCGGAUGGAACUCGAGAGGAGAAAAUUAUAGCUGAGCAUACUUGUGGAAGUCAGGUUACCGCCACUUCUUGCAGUUCAGAAGUGAUAAUCUCCGCUAAGAGUGGUGAUUUAGGAAAUGAAGCGGUCAAUUUGCCCAAGACAAUAUCGAGAAAGAAAGAUGAAUUCCCCAAAGGAGAAAUUGAUUGGGAUAAAUUGAGGAAAACCUAUUCUACUGGUAGAUCCGGUGUUCUUACCGAAAGAAAUAGGGAUUCUGUCAAUUGGGAAGCCGUUAGACAUGCAGAUGUUGAAAAGAUUUUUGAGCCAAUCAAAGGUCGAGGACAGGGUAAUGUUCUUGCUGCAAAGAUCAAGAAUUUUCUUAAUCGAUUGGUUAAACAUCAUGGAAGCAUUGACCUUGAGUGGUUAAGAGAUGUCCCACGAGAUAAAGUGAAAGAAUACUUGUUGAGUAUAGAUGGGAUUGGACCAAAGAGUGUGGAUUGUGUUCGACUUUUGACACUUCGGAAUCUUGCUUUUCCUGUUGACAUAAAUGUUGCUCGAAUAGCAGUACGUCUAGGAUGGGUCCCUUUGCAACCACUACCUGAUGGCAUCCAGAUGCAUCUUCUGGAGAGGUACCCCCUGGAGAGUGACAUACAAAAGUACCUUUGGCCACGUCUUUGCAACCUUGAUCUGCUAACACUAUAUGAACUGCAUUAUCACAUGAUCACAUUUGGAAAGGUUUUCUGUACGAAGAGAAGUCCAAACUGUAAUGCCUGCCCAAUGAGAGCCGACUGCAGACACUUUGCAAGUGCAUUUGCAAGUUCUAGGCUUCGCCUCCCAGGACCACAGCAGAAAGGAGUGGUCACCGUUAAGCAGCCUGUUAGAGUUGAUGAAGUCCCAAACAUGUGUCUGCCGUCACCAGCUUUGUCCCUUUCUAGCAGAAGCUUCUUGGAGUCCAGGUUCCAGACUCAAGAUUGUGAGCCUAUCAUAGAAAUGCCAGCAUCUCCGGAGCACAAAUCUCUAGAAUCACUGGACAUUGAAGACUUUCCUUAUGAGGUGGAGCAUGAGCAGGAGAUACCUACCAUCCGACUCAACACUGAAGAGUUUCGAGAAAAUGUCUUGAACUUUAUCAACAAGUCCAACACUAAAGAGUUUCAAGAAAGUGUGUUGAACAUUGUUGAUGAGAUCAGUACACUGAAUCGAGAUGAAGAAGUGUCAAAAGCCUUGGUUCUUUUGAAUCCAGUGUCUGCUUCACAUCCUGCUCGUAAACUGAAGUAUGAGAGUCGACUAAGGACUGAGCACUUAGUGUAUGAGCUUCCAGAUUCACAUCCUCUUUUGAGUGGGUUUGAGGAACGGGAGCCUGAUGACCCCUGCCCUUACCUUCUUGCCAUCUGCCGAACAGAGGAACUAGAAAGACGUGAUGCAGAGAUAUGCUCAGGCAGUCCAAGUUCCUCCCAAUAUGAUCAGAUAGUUUAUGGAACUAUUUUGAUACCAUGUCGGACGGCGAACAGGGGAAGUUUUCCACUUAAUGGAACGUACUUUCAAGUUAAUGAGGUUUUUGCUGAUCAUGAGUCAAGCAAAAACCCUAUUCCUGUUCCGAGGACGUCAAUAUGGCAUUUGAGACGAAGAACUUUAUUGUGUGGAACUUCAGUUACGACCAUUUUUAAAGGCAUGUCAACAGAACACAUUCAAUAUUGCUUUUGGAGAGGAUAUAUGACUGUGAGAGGAUAUGACAGGGAGCAGAGGGCACCCAGACCCCUCCAUGAUCGGUUCCAUUCAGGAUCAAAAAGUAAAAGAUAGUCAAGUCUGAUGAUUUGCAUUUAGAGGUGGCAAAAUUAUUUGAUAGAUAAAAGGGUAAACUAUUUUGAAAACCUGUACCCAUUUAUCAUUUGUUUAACAUAAUUUUCUUGUGAGAAUCAUGAUCGUCCUUUGAUGGAAAAGGUCAUCCUAGUCGCUCAUAUAGUUGCUAGAAUUGUUUCAUUCUUUUGCUAUUUCUAUUACUUGUCAGGAUUUUCUUGUUGUAGUUAUUCCAAUCAUUGCUUUGAUCAUUUGGUUA